CAAUUCAAUUCACCUGAAGGCCCUGGGCAUGAAGAAGCUGCCAGCAAAGUCUAGUGCUCUCAGCCUUGCAGUGGUUUAUGUACUGCUACUGAUGGUCCUGAAUUCUCGGGUUUUUGGUCUAAUUAUUCCAAAGAACACCUGUACCUGCCUAUGUGACAAAAGACAUUUUGCCAUGUGGAACCAAUCUUACAGUCAGUCUUCUGGUGGGAUCACUGGCCACAAAGCAGUGACAUCAAAGAAGUCAACUCUUCAGAUUUUGCCCUGCACAGUGUCUCAGCUUCUGUCUGCUUCUGAAGUCAGCAGUGAUACCUUUGCCAUCUGUGACUGGGAACUCAACCAGGUGUCUGUGGUGGGCGUUAUCAGAGAAUUUUCUCCCUGUACAGCCAACAUCCGGUACUCUGUGGACGACAUGACUGGUCCACCUUUAAAUGUGAAGCAGUGGGUUACUUCAGAGGACUGUGCUCAGAUAACAUUUGUUUCUCCUGGGACGUACGUGAAGGUCACAGGAAGCCUACACAACUUCCAUGGUCAAAGGUCAUUGUUGGCAAUGAAUAUCCGUUUUAUCGAGGACCUGAAUGAGCUGACAUCCCACAUGUUGGAAGUGGUCCAGGCCCAUAUGCAGAUUUUUGGAAAGAUGGUUGAUGUGAACAUGAAUACCACUGUUGCCUCACUGUCUGGAAGGUGGGCUGAUGGACACCCUAAAGGCAUCUUAGCAAAUGGUUUGUCCACCACGCAGAAACAGGUGCUGCAUGUUAUCCGGAAGUUCUCUCUCCGUGAUAUUGGCAUUAGUUUCGAUGACCUGAAGCUACAACUAUACAACCUUAGAAUGACAGACGUCAGAUCUUCUUUGGCUUUUCUUAAAAAUGAAGGCCAUAUCUUCAAUACCAUUGAUGAGCAUCAUUUCAAGUCAACAGAGCAUGAGUAGGCUACCUGGAGGUUGGUAAACCAUCGGAACAUCCCAGUCUUGGAACAGAGCCCAACAGGAUGUACACACUAAGGGUGGCCUAACUGGUUUUGGUUCAAUGUUAUUUAUGAUUUACUUUAGCUGGUGUGUUGUGUAUCUUGGUCUAAAGCUCGUGGACCCCGUAUAAUCAUGUACAGUCCAUAAGCAAAGUUCAGUGUAUCAUAGGUUUCCUGU